AUGUUUCAUGGGCAAGGAAUUUUUCAUGGGGAAGAAUCUGAGGAUAUGUCGACACCUGCAACUUUGAAACAGAUGGAGUUAGCACGAGAAAAAGCUGCUCGUCGGCAGAGAAGCUUUGAUAAUUUUUUGCUUCCACUUUCGGCGUCAUUGAAUCAUCGCUAUUACAACUAUCGUAUGAGGACGAGUAAUAUUGAUUUUACUCUUGACAGAGCAGGUGGCCGUCAGUAUACAAGUUUUGAAAGUAGCCGUAGAGAACCUGUUAGACGUUUUCCUCGGAAGCCGCUCACGCCACCUCCGGUUGCCGAUGUUCCCAUUGACAUAGAUACAGAUGACUAUAAAAUUAAUGCUGAUGAGAUUGUAUGUUUUAACGGUCGUCAGCAUUUCCUUUCAAAUUUCUAUCCGGUGACGUUGACAGUUGAAGGGCAUGAUUAUCCCAGUGUUGAACAUUACUAUCAAGCCUGUAAACUUUACACAUUAGCUGGUGCUAAUGUAGCUUCCGAAAUAAGAACCGUAAUUGAUUCAGGUCAAGUGAAAAUUAUCGCGAAAAAAAUCCUACGUUCUGCCAAUGUUUCGACUGAAAAGAUUGAAGAAUGGAAGCGAACACAGGGGCUGGUGCUACUGUAUCACGCGGUGAUGCAUAAAUUUGUCCAGAAUCCUGACCUUCGAGAGAAGCUUCUAGCCACCGGUGACGCAAUUUUAGCGCACACAUAUGAGUUUGAUAAUAUUUAUGCAACUGGUUGCGAUAAAGAAAAAAUGGUUGAGUGGGCGAAAACGAAUAACGGACAAAUUGUCAAGAUUCCGACUAAAAUUGAUGCGGAUUCUUUGAUCUAUGUGCCUUUAUUUGGCGAGGGCAAAAAUGUUCUCGGAUUUAUAAACAUGAAGGUAUGUUAG